AUGGGUGGAACGGCCGUUUCGACGACGACACCCCGGCUACUUAUUCUUCUUCUUUUCUUUCUUUCUCUCGUCUUCUCUUCGUCUUUUUCUGCUUCUCCGCCUCUCUCGUGUUAUAUCUGUGAUUCGACGCUCGACUAUGGAUGCACCGAGACAAGGGUGUCCCGGGAUCACAUCGCAGAAUGCGGAGAGUUGACAUUCGACACAUAUCGACGACCACCAAUUGGAUGUCUCAAAAUGAUUGACAAGGAUUAUCACCCGUACCGGAUCAUCCGCAGCUGUUCGUAUAUGGGCCGAGUGAAUGCCCACGGGAGAAGGGCCAAUAAUAAGCUAAUAGACGCAGCUACUGGGCAUUAUCGAUCGGAAUUACGAGCC